UUCUACGAAAAAACCGAACCAUCCUUGUGUAUUUUUUUCCUAUAGUUAGGCGAAGAAAAAUCACCGUAAUUGCGAAGCAUAGCAGCGGUUGUGGGACGAAGAGUAAACUGAAAAUGGAAGAGCUACGGAAAUUGGAGAAAGUACAGAGGAUGGUGGGAUUCAUGGAUUCACGGGGCUUUUCAGUAUCAAACUCCGAUCACCACUGUAACCGCUUUCUAGCUAAUUUCAUGCUCUUCUUGUUAGAACCAUGCGGAGAACUCGCCAUCGACCACAAAUGCUGCUUGAUUUCUGAGCUUAUGCCUAGGCUUUCAUCUCCGUUUGUGGAGGAUGCGUAUCAACACAUUGUCACAGAACAAGAGAACAGUGGGUUUGAACAAAAUCUUGUUGGAAGUGCAUUGCAUAGUUGCACUCAGAAGAAAGAAAACAAUUUGUUGCAAAAUUAUAAUAAAAACAUAGCCAUGAUCGAGUUGGAUUCCAUGCAAAAGGCAAAUUCUACCCUUGAGGAUUUUUGCAGAUCAUAUUUUAUGUUUCAUGGAUUGGAUGUAAGCAAGCCACAAUCAAUCUUCAAAUACUUACCUAUUCUUUCAUUCACCGAGAGCUAUGUUUAUCAGCUGGAUAAAAUGAAUGAGAUGUUGCUGCAAACACCAGAAAGGAAAUACGAGAAAGCAACUCAAAAUUUGGUUUCUUGCUUCUCGACUGACCCAUUUGGACCACUUGUGACUAUUUUUGAACAAAGAGGUCUUUUGACUGAAAGGAUAUCAGAAGAACUUAAACAAGGGGAAGAGUACUGGGCUCUUGAAAGAAAGCUCUGUCAUGCACUAAUAAACGAAGAAGAGAUUCUUAUUGAUGAUGUGAUGAAGGCUAUUCAUUUAAAGUCGUUUGAUUAUCGAGUGCUUAAUCUUCUUCUCUAUCAACUGCAAGGAGCUAAGGCUGAGGAGUUGCAUAUGGAGUUUCUUUCAGUUUCAGAGUUCUUAGUGGAAGUUUCUGAUGAUCUGUAUGAUUACGAGGACGAUGUUUUAGAAAAUAAUUUCAAUGUUUUGCGCAUGUUUAUCAGAAUAUAUGGAGCCUCAACUGCCCCUGCUAUGUUGGCAAAGUGCAUUACUGAGGCUGAGAGCAAGUACACGAGUUUACUGGAAUUACUGGAUCCGAAGCUCUCUCUGAGCUACCAGAGAAGAUGUGUAGAAGCCACUAAAGAAGGUGGGAAGGUAUCAGGCAACCCUCUUGGUACGUGGUGUUUUCCAACCGUGAUUCAAGAUGAGGAAUUGUAUAGAUCAAACUUGAAAUCAGAUACUUCCUAAAUAUAAACUUGAUGCGUGUCAAAAGACUAACAGAAAAUCAUACCAAUUCUAGUGUUUUCAUUUCAAGUGUCUUGGUCAUGCCGGUGAUAGAGAGCUAGAGUUGAAUUCGGGAGAAAAAUAUGGGUUUUGUUAACUCAUGGCUAAUAUUUAAAGAAAAAAAACAAUAUUUCUUUUAAAAGUCGAAUGCACGGUUUUGAAGACAAAUAUUUCUAUAUUGAGUUGCUUAACAUGUGUAUUUAGAACACUAGGUAGCAUUCUCCAAAAAAAAUAUUAAUCGUGAAAUGGCCAAUGAAAACAUGAAAGUGAAAAUUUUAAUAUAUAUGAUAUCAUUUUUGCAAA